AUGGCCGACAAUCAGACAUCCAAUUUUGCGAUAUUGACGCGAAAGAAAGAGAAGAUUGAACAAAAUGGAGAAAAGUAUACCUGUAGAGUGUGCAACCGAGCCUUUGGUUCGCAGAAGGCUCUCAGAUCUCACCGCUCCGCUACUAACCAUGAAGUUCGCUGCUCGGUUUGCAACAAAGGAUUUGCUAUCGACAAAGAUCUACGGCAACAUGCCCGUAUCCAUCUAUCUGCUGCCCCCGGCAAUAUUGCAAGCGCCUCGAAAGUUGAGUCGGUAGUCACGAUGACAGAAGUGACGAGAAGAGUUCUCGAGCCGGAGAAUUGCACCACGUCUCUUGCCCUGCAGGUGCCCCUCAUUCGUCGAGGUCUCGAAGAGCUCAGUCUCAAUGAGGAUCAUUAUCAACAAGAGGUCUCAGAGAAGCAAGUAAUGGCCCAGAAGCAAGGGUUCUUGCACAGACUAAACACAUACACCCUCUUACCCUCUGCCGAGUACGAGACUAUUUAUCGUGCUCUACUUGCUGCAUGUCACGCAACCAACGUUCUUAAUGCAGAGCAGUAUAUAUUACAGGGUGUUACGGGACGGAAAACCAACACCAACGUUCGAUACGAGGAGUUUCGUCCAACACCACAAGCAGUAGCGGGACAACGAAAGCGCAAAAUAGUCGCAAUUGAUUGUGAAAUGGUUGGACUAUGGAAAGGGUCGGAUUCGGUUGUGCUAUUAUGUUCGGUAGACGUACUGACGGGAGAGACUCUUUUGAAUACCUUGGUCAACCCCGUUUCCAAGGUAAAAUCCUGGAGAUCCACAGUUAGCGGUGUUACACGUAAAGCCAUGAAUGUGGCGAUCGAACGAGGCCAGGCUCUUCGUGGCUGGCCAGCUGCCCGAAAAGCACUCUGGCAAUAUGUUGACACUGAGACUAUUCUGGUUGGACAUGCUUUACAGAAUGAUUUGAAUGUUCUGGGCAUAUUCCACCCAAGGAUUGUCGACACAGCAAUCCUAGCUGCGCAAGCAGUAUUUCUGGACCAUCAGGGCAAGAAGUUCCCUCAGACUUAUGGUUUAAAGAAACUACUCGCUUGCUUUGUCAACAUGGCGAUUCAAACGGGGAAAAGGGGGCAUGAUUGUUUGGAAGAUACUCUUGCAACAAGGGAGGUCGCAAUAUGGUGCAUGAGAAAUCCAGAAAGUUUGAAGACAUGGGGCUCCCGGACCUUUGCUGAGUACGAAGCAAGAAGACUGGAAAUUCAACGUGCGAGGGAGAAGGCGAAGGAAGAAGAGAAAGAGGCUAAGAUAGCUUCCAGGAAAGCCGGUAAGACCGGAAGCGGUGCCAGUAUCAAUGCCACGAAUGGUGUCAGCAAAUGAAAUCGGCGUGAAUACAGGGCAUGACUAGAGAAUGAGACCCUCAGCACAACUUGGUACAGUUGAAAUUAUCUGAUACUUUAUGUUGUAUACUCGAGGCUUAUUUGGAUAUGUUUCCUUACUGAGUAGUCUUACUGAUUAUCUUGACUACACGUCAAUCCAUAUCAGAAACA